CGGAGCCAGAAGCCCGCGGGGUCGUGAGGGCGCCAGGCCGCCCCCCAGUGCAGUCCGGCCCCACGCGUCCGAGUCCUCGCCAGCCCUCCGGGGCCCCCAGCAGCCGGGGCCGUGGAGCACCGGGGCAAAGGCCGGGGCCCCCCCAUGAAGGAGCGCGACUCGGCCCCGGCCGAGCGGGGCAAGCCGGCCACCUACACCGGGGACAAGAAGGCGAAGAUGGCGGCCAAGACCAACAAGAAGUGGGUCCGGCUCGCCACCGUGUUCGCCUACGUGCUGUCCGUGUCCCUGGCCGCCAUCGUGCUCGCCGUCUACUAUAGCCUCAUCUGGCAGCCGGUGGGGGCUGGCACCUCGGGGGGUCCCGGCGGCGGCCCGCCCCCCGGCCCCUCCAACACCACGGCCACAGCCACGGCGCCGGCCGGGAUCCCGGGGGGAGCGACGGGGGGCCCCAACGCCACGACCCCACCGAGGAUCGAGGCGCCGCAGGACGCGCCCCCGCUGCAGAGCUCCGGGACCACGGCCCGGCCGCCUGGCCGGUCCGGAGAGCAGCGGCAGCGGCGGGAGCCGGAGGAGGAGGCGCCGGCGGCGGCACCCGGGAGUCGCUGAAGCCGCUCUGGAUGGGGGUGGGGGGCUGCUGGGAACCCGUCCCUGGCCUUCCCCAGCCCCAGGGAGGCAGGACUUUGCAGCCGCCUGUGCGGGGCGGGGAGAGUCGGCGGGGGGGGGGGGGGGGGACCCCCCCCCGCGGCAGCCAGCGGCCCCGGGUCCUAUGUGCCGACAGUCCCGGGCCGAUCUGCUUCGGAGAGAGGGACCAAGAUUCGCCUCUAGCUUUCGGUUCCGUCCUCAGAGGACCGUGAUGCACCAGGGCCGGAGCCAGGGGGGGAUGGUUGGGCGGGGGGUGGGAAGAUUCCCAGCCCGGAACCCUCGUUGGCUCUCUCUUGAGUAUCCUUAAGGGGGAAGGGGUGUCCCGGGCUUUCCCAUUCCGCCCCCACUCAGGGCUUGGAGGGAGCUAUAGGGGCUCGUUGUAAUAAGCUGAAGCUCUCGCAAAAGUGGGGAGCACAAGUAGUGGAGCUCAGGUGUCAACCUAGUUGCAAUGGCCACAGAUGCAUUUAAUUUAUAGAUUCGUGUAUAUAGUUGUUGACUUAUGCACUUAGAAGCUAUAAUUACAUAGAACUAUAUAUAUCCACCCACACCCUGGAUAGCUACUGAUUGGUGUGUCAAGCAAGGGCUAUCGAGCAGAAAAUGCUGCCCCCCAAGUGCAGCUAGUCAGGAGGGCACAGUACCUUUAGUCAAGAAAUUGGUUUGUUCAUCACCCACCCUCCUCCUUCAUCCUCUUCCAGUUACAUGAAGAUAGGUUAAUUUGUGACAUCCUUAUCAAUAACAUUUGUUGUUGGAUUAGUUUUUAGACUUGUUGACUUGACAGUGAAAAAACCUCAGGAGGAACGGAAGCGGUUUUUUGGGAGAGUGGGAAAUGCAAUGACACCCCUAUUCUCCCAAGAGGCUUCCUGUUGCAUCUCCAAUUAUCUGGACUGGAGCCAGGAUAGAAGGAAGGGAAAGAGCAAGGCCUCUCUGUGCUUUAUUCUUAACCUUCCCAUCACAGGGGUCGGUUGGGGAAAAGUGAGCAAAUAGAGUGCCUGGCAAGAAUUUUUCUGCCUCUUUGCUGCCCUUCAAGAUCUUGGCAUUACUCCAGUAAUCACACUCUUAUCAAGCUUAGACUUUUCCUCCCUUUUGAUCCUGUAGUGAAAGCCUAACCCUCUCCUAGGGACUAAAUCUGUUCUGGUGAAAUAAGAGCCUUGUCACCAGUUCUCUGGUUUAGGAGCUGUACCACAGAAUCAGAAGGGUUGCGGAGGUGGGCUUCAAACUUGUAAUUGUGUUUAGGCACAAAUAGCUUUUGAUAGCCAGCAAACAGAAAAAAUCAUGUGAAAGGUAAAUUGAUGUGUUUUUCUUCUCUCCUGAUGAAGUCUCUAUUAUGCAGCAUAUAUUUUUUAUUGUGGGGUUAAGAAACAAAGGAAAAUGACAUAUGGCUUAGAAGGAGAAGGAGUCAUUCUUUCUAUUUGGAUUCCAUUUCCCUCUGCCAUUAGCUGUAGCCAAGCACUUGCAGUGCAGUGACAGGAGAGCAAACCCCUUAGUAUUUCCUUUUUGGGAAAAUAUGGCACUUUAAGAAAAAAAAAAAGAAAAAAGAAAAAACUUUUCCACCUGUGUGUCCUGAAAUGGUUCAUCCCUGCUGUUUCUGGUCUAGUCUUUAGCCAGCUGCAAUUCAAGUUUACCAGACAGCAGCUAUGCUUUAAGCCAUUGUCCUGUGUGGGCCAAGAUACUAGCAUCAGAGCUGUCAUAGCCUAGGGACAAGCCAGUGGUACUCUGAGGAGUGCUGGCUAGGGAAGGAUUUCUUAGCUACUGGCUACAGUCAAUGGAGCCUUUUUUUUUUUUUCCCGGUAUGGAGAAUGGUGGGGAAAAAAAACACCGUGAAAUAAUCACCUUUAUUACUUCAAUAAUAGCCAACAAUUUAUAUUUACUGUGUGAAUUUUUAGUCCUACAUUUUAAUAAUUUGUAAGUUUAUCUGUUGUCUCAAGACCUUUUGAACAAGAGACCAUCUGGAACUCCCCAGCAUUCCGGGACUGUCUUAAUCCACCUUGGGAUCAAAGAAUCUAGCAAGACCAUUCUAAUGUCCAACUGCUGCCCCACUAACUCUCUAAAGCCUUCACUGGAAAUGGGACAUUAGCUCCAGCUCUAGGUGUGAACAUGCUCAGAGACCUUAUUUAUAAUUCAGCCAUUUAAGAUAUACCUGUACUCAAAAGUCCUGUAUAUUUUUUAAAAGUUUUAUUUUUCAGGUGAACAAAAAUACAUUCUAAGAACUCUGCCUAAA